CGGCUGGACGCGCGCACCGCUCGUAGUAGUAGCCCGCAAACACCCACAGCUUGCAGUCAAGCGGCCUCCCCCUCCAUCUCCCCCCCCACCGGCCAACCAGGGCCGCGUUCCCCCCCCCCCCCCCCCGAAGCAACCGAAAUUGUAAAACAACGAAAACAGAAAAAUGGGCUGCAAAGUGUUAAGGACACCGGCGGCUCUCCUGGUGGUGGUGGUGGUGGUGAUGGUGCUACCGGCGGCCAUUGUUGCGCAGUUCAAGUGCCCGAAAAAUCGGGGCCAGUUCGAGGAUCCGAUCCAGUGCGACAAGUAUUACGUGUGCGAGGACGGCGAGGCAACGGAGAAGCUGUGCCCGGACGGGCUCGUCUUCGAUCCGACCACGAAACUGAUCAACAAGUGCGACCAACCGUUCAACGUGGACUGUGGCGAGCGGUUCGAGCUGCAACCGGCCCAGGGCACCACCGACUACUGCCCGCGCAAGAACGGCUUCUUCAGCCAUCCGGAUCCGUCGAUCUGCAACAUCUUCUACAGCUGCAUCAACGGGGAAGAGCUGGAGAUGAGCUGUACCGGUGGGCUGCACUUUGACGAGAAGUCCGGCACCUGCGUCUGGCCGGACGUAGCGGCACGCGAGGGAUGCGGCAGCAACGCCAACAAGAAACUGAACGAUGGCUUCCAGUGUCCGAAGGAGACGCGCUACGACAAGAACGGGCAGGUCAUCACGCACCCAAACUACCCGCAUCCGACCGACUGCUCCCGGUUCUACUACUGCCUGAACGGUAUCGAGCCACGGCUGGGCCAGUGCGACGCCAAGCUGGUGUACAACGAGGACCUGCAGCGCUGUGACGAGCCGGAGAAUGUACCGGAAUGCAAGGACUGGUACAAGGAGGAGGAGGGCAACGCGAAGAACCGCUAGGGUCGCCCGUCCUCCUCAUCAUUCGCUUUGUGAUACUCGCAGAAAAAACAAAAACAAAAACAAACAAAAAAACCGGCAACCAUCAUCGCUCGCUCGCUCGCUCGCAGCCCACAAAAGGGGGGUUGCGUUUGUUUGACGUCAGUCGGGCGCUGGGCCUCUCAAAACAGACCAUCCAACCUUGCCGGAGAGGAGGAGAAGGCAACGGCAAUCAAUCAAUCAAUCCGAUCAACCGUAACCGUGCGAACAUGUGUGCGUGUACAUUGUGAAGAGAAAGGGGGGGGGGGGAGGGGGGAGAGAAAGAGUGAGUGAUCUUCCAGGAGUUAUUGACCCCCCUCAUCUGCCACGAUCAUCUUCUCGCCCUCCAACUCAUUAUCAUGCUCACUUCCUUCCGUAUUCUUUGCACAUUUCCUGCUUCUUUCAUCUUCCUUUCUGUCUUGCAUUUCUCUCUCUAUCUCUCUCUCUCGCUUUCUCUUUUUUUCUCUUUCUAUUUUCCUCUCUCUCACCAUCUCAUCUACACAUUCGCACUCGUUCACUGCACUUUUUAAGCUCGCUAGCUUCCUAUACUCGCUCCCAAAGAUUAACCGAGGUGUGCCAACAGGACAACCGAUGCUGUACGGUUAAUUCGCCCAUUGAUUGAUUGAUUGAUUGGUCUCUCGAAUCGCCUUAGCCGCCACCACAAGCCAUUGGCCACCAACAGCAGCAGCAGCAGCAGCAGCAGCAGCUGCUGCAGCAAAAUAGUAGUACCGGCACCAUGUUGCUGUUACCGAACGAAAGAACAAGAGAGUAAACUUUAGGAAGCCACCGGGUAGAGAAGUGAAGUGGAAAACUAAACAGGCUAAACCAAUAAAGCUGCUUUCACAUCAGAAGGCGUCGUUCAACAGGCCGUGCGUUGGCGUUU